AUGUCUAGUUCAAAUCAAGGUGCACCUAAUACGGUGCUAAAUAAUCAACCACUAGUUGCAGAUCCAGUAGUCAUAACUGAUGAGAACAUUUCCAACCCAUCAUCUGCCACAGUUACACCCGAUGUUGAAACUCCAUCGAAUAACGACAACCAGGAUCAACUUGAUCAACUUAAAACUGAUUCUAUAGAUUCGUUUACUAUAGAAGAACAAGACUGGGAAAACGAAUUCUUCUAUCAGCCAAACUCAUCCCCACUUCAAAAAAUCAAGUAUUCCACAAUGUGCUUGUAUUCAAAAUAUAUAAAGCCAAACUUUGGAUUGUCUCUAUUGUUGCUAUCGCAAUUCUUGAAUUCUAUUAUGGUGACAACUUGUAAGUUAUUGGUCACGGAUAAGAACUUUAACACUCCGAUCCAUCCGGCACAAAUAUUGUUUGUUAGAAUGUUCAUCACAUAUAUUUGUUGUCUAUUAUACAUGGCAAUCACAAGAUCUGUUCCUGAUGCACCAUUUGGCCCUAAACCAAUUAGGAAGUUAUUAUUGUUGCGAGGAUUGGUGGGAUUUUUUGGUGUUUUCGGGAUGUAUUUCUCAUUGCAAUAUUUGAGUCUUUCCGAUGCCGUAGCCUUGACUUUCUUAGUGCCAAUGGUGACAGCAUUUUUGGCAUUUGUCUUGUUACACGAAAAAUAUUCAAUACUAGAAGCAAUCUGUUCAGUUUUCUCCUUGGCUGGCGUUGUAUUGAUUGCCAAGCCAACUUUUAUAUUUGGCAAUGAAUCAAAUAAAGAAACCGGGAAUGACGAAACUAUCGAGAGCUCAUCCAGUGAAAAAAGAAUUUUAGCAACCAUAGUCGGGUUGAUUGGUGUUUGUGGUGCGUCAUCUGUUUAUAUAGUCUUGAGGAAAAUUGGUAUGAAUGCUCAUCCAUUGUUGUCGGUCUCAUACUUUGCAUUGACAUGUUGCAUAGUGACGUUUCUUGCUAUUUUGGUGAUUCCCAGUUUGACAUUUGUUUUGCCAACAAAUGCUUAUCAGUGGAUUUUGUUUUUCAUCAUUGGCUUUUCAGGAUUCUUUAUGCAAUUCUCGUUAACUGCUGGUGUUCAAAGAGUUAAGGCUGCCAGAGCCUCCUUGAUGGCUUAUUCGGGAAUGAUUUUUGCUGUUGUUUGGGAUUUGACGAUAUGGCAUCAUUUUCCUGGGAUUUUGAGUUUUUUGGGGAUUACAUUGAUUAUCGGUAAUGCUAUAAUUAUCUUAAAGUUCAAGCCUCAACAAGAAGAGACAAAUAAUAAACCUGCUGAUGAUAUCGAAAGAAAUGGCAAAUACAACCGUGUUGAUGAUUCCAUUACUAUGCAAGACUUUAUAAUAACAGAUGAUGAUGAGGAGGAGGAUGAUGUGGGUGGUAGACCCUAG